CUGAUUCAAGCCAUCUGCUCAUUAGUAGAGACUCCAAGACCUGAAACUGGUGUGUCAGAGAAAAAGGACACGUGCAAAAUGUGUAGCUCUGUGGUGCCACCAGGACAGGUUGGAAACCGCUUUUAAUCAUUUGAGAAGUUCAAAAGAACGGUUUGUUAUGAGUCUGAACUAAUAACGCUCUUCACAUUGAAUGUGUUUUUGGUUUUUUGAAACAAACCGUUCAAAAGACAGUCUGUCUUUGAGCGUGACCUGGUUGCAGUUCUUACUCAUUGGGUGUUUGCAUGUCAGCAGAUACCACAAGGAAAAAAAAACAGGUUCCUCGGUUAGAGCUCAAGGAUUCACAAUGAAGCCAUUGUUUUUCAGCAUGACCGUCCUGCUCGUUUCCUACAACUGUUUGAGCCAAGAACACACUUACACAUAUUUCGGUCUGGUCAUCUGCUUCGUGCUCUGGGCAAAAAAAUUAUUCCACGCAGAAAAGGGCUUGUCGGAUGGAUUUGGCCGGGCGGUGUUGAUCACAGGUUGCGAUAGUGGAUUUGGACAUCAUCUUGCAAAGAAACUGGACCGCAUGGGCUUCACGGUGUUUGCUGGAUGUUUAUGUGCCGAGGGUCCCGGGGCUCAGAGUCUGGUUGAAGAAGGCUCUGACCGUAUGAAAGUGCUCCAGCUGGAUGUGACCAAAGAUGAAGAUGUCAGCUCGGCCAAGGAUUUUGUGCAAGCAAAUUUGCCAGAGAAGGGUCUCUAUGCUGUGGUAAAUAAUGCCGGAAUAAGUGACUGGGGAGAGACGGAGUGGAGCACUGCCAAAGACUUCCAGAAGAUGUCUGACAUUAACCUGUUUGGUGCCAUCAGAGUCACCAUCCCAUUCUUGUCACUUGUCAGAGCAUCCAAAGGUCGUAUGUUAUACGUGUCAAGUGUCUUUUCUUUCUUCAACUGUCUGAACAUGGGAGCAUACAGCGUAUCCAAACGGGGGCUGGAAGCAUUCGCAGACUGCUUGAGAAUAGAGAUGGCCAGUUUUGGAGUUAAGGUCAGUAUUAUUCAACCUGGAAAUUUUGGCAUGGCCACAAACAUUCUGCCCAAGAAAACACCGCAAGACAUUUGGGAUGAUUUUGACGAGGCACGUAAACUAACAUUCAACCAGAAAUACAUUAAGAUGGCAUGUGACUGUUUCAAUUCAUUAUGUACUUCAGGAUUUAAAGAUUGCUCUAUGGUUAUCAAUGCCAUGUUGCAUGCCCUCACUGCUCCCAAACCUCAAACCCGAUACCUGCUUGUAUCCUGGAGAGAUAAGGUUUUUUUCUACAUUUGCCCCUUUCUCCCUGCUAUUAUCACCGAUUCUGUGUUUUUUGCAAGCUCCAUGUAUCACAAGCGUAAAGUAAUGCUUUACUCAUAAUUUGUGUAUUCAUGAUGAGAACGAGAGAGCUCGCUUUACACAGAUGAGCGUUUAAAGUGUUGCUUUAAAACAUGAGACAUUUGCAAUUUUUGUAGUUCACCAAAACACUUAAAUGUACUGAAAUAUUCUUUAUUAUUAAGGUGUGUUAUGUACUCCUUCCCCUGUUCUUUCUGAGUAGGAGCAUCAUAAAGUUUUAGUCACAGAUAAUUUUCUCCUGGACAACAUUAAAUGCACUAUAAGAUCAAAAA